AUGCACGGCGCGGAAGGUGAGCAGCAAUGUGGUGUUGACGCGGCGACACGCAAAGCUGUUGCCGGGGCGUGGGUGAUGCAGAGCGCGCGGACACGCGACCUGGCACAGGAGGUGGCGUCAAUACGGAAGCGGCACCAGCAGCAGCAGCAGCAGGGCCCCGGCGACGCUGGGCCCUCGGACGGCGCGGGCGGGGACGACGGCUCGGAUGCCGAUAACGACAGCUCGAUUCUGUCGGUGAAAAAAAUCGGAUUUGAAAUUUUGCUUCCAUACAACAACGCCAGAAUGGAGCCGCGGCAUAGGCAGCUGGUGCGCGAGGCACAACGGCACACGGUGUCAUCAGCACACGGCACGAGCGAUGCGGUGGAUCGCCGCUACGGCUCCUCGUCGCAGGGCAAGACGCGAGUAGUGUCACAACCUUUCUCCCACCUGCUGGUUUGCGACUUUGAGGCUACAUGUGACACCGCCAGCGUGCACUACCCACACGAGAUCAUUGAGUUCCCCGUGGUUUGCGUGGACACCGCACGGCUCUGCGUCGUGGCAGAGUUCCACUCGUAUGUGCGGCCGGUGAAGAACCCACGCCUGACGUCGUUCUGCUGCGAGCUGACGGGCAUCACACAGGCGCAGGUGGACGCGGCGCCGACUCUGCCGGAGGUGCUGCAGCGCUUCACCGCAUGGCUGCACGAGUCGGUGUACCCGCUCUGCCGCAGGUGGAAGCAGGAGCAUGCAGAAGGGCUGAGCGGCUGUCUGCACUCACAGCAGCGGCACUUCGCGUACGACGAGAAACACAACGCAGCGUGGGUGGACUGCGAAAAGAUGGUGUGCAUGGCCACCGACGGCCCGUGGGACAUGCGCAAGUUCAUGUACGAGUGCAGUGUGCUGCGCGACGGGUAUGAGUUUCCUCCGCUCUUCUACCGCUGGGUGAACGUGCGCCACAGCUUCGCCGAGCACUUCCGUAGCCGCCCGCGUAAGCUGACGGACAUGCUGCGGAAGUUGGGGCUGACCUUCCACGGCCACCACCACAGCGGCAUCGACGACUCACACAACAUCGCCCGCAUCCUCAUCGAGCUGCUGCGGCGUGGAUAUCGCGUGCAUCGUGUCAGCACGAUCAAGUACGCUCACACUGGCGGUGACGUGGCAACAACAAUGGCGGAGCUGCUGGAGGAGCUCAGUGAAGAAGAUAGGAAGACACACCGCCGCAAUGGUGAGAAUAAGCGGAGACACAAUGCUGGUAAGCGUACUCAGAGGCGGCAGUAA